AUGGAAAAUAGUAUGUCAAAUAGGAAGGUGUCUAUGACUCAUGAGACUACCAUUAUGGAACUACCGAUUGAGAAUUUCUUUAUUGAUUCCGAAACUCUCCAACAUCAUGAAGGGAAUUGCCUAAAAUUGGAGGCCAUUUUGCCUCUAAUGUUGAACAUCGAUAGCAAGACCAAUGAUGUGAUAAACCUCAAAGUCGUUUUUGAGAGAUUGAGCUCAAAGAAUCGAAAUGCUUUGAAGAUGAUUAUGAGAGAAUAA